AUGAGAGCCUCCACCUCCAGGCAACACAACAAGAAGCAGCAGCAGCAGCUUCAGCAGAGAGGAUGCAGGGCCUUGUGCUGCAGCUGCAGGCUUAGUGUGUCUUCUUCAGAGGAAGCAGAGAGCUCAAACUCCGACAGGUUUGCGUCAAUCUCAAGCCUGGCGCACGCCAUGGUGCAAGAGAGGCUCGACCAAAUGAUUAGAGAAAGGCAGGAGGCAAGACAAGUUGUAGAGAGAAGAAGGCAAAAAGGUGGUGAAGGGACUAAGUUCGUUGUAAUGGUGGCCAUGGAAAAGUGCUCUUAUGAUCCAAGAGAAGAUUUUAGAGAGUCCAUGAUUGAGAUGAUUAUGGCAAACCGGAUUCAAGAGCCGAAAGAUCUUCGUAGCCUCUUGAAUUAUUAUAUUUCAAUGAAUUCCGAGGAAUAUCAUGGGAUUAUACUUGAGGUUUUCCAUGAGGCUAACCUGUGA